GAGUGUUGUUAACCGGAGCCGCCUCCGCAGUCGCGGGGAUCGAGCGGGCUCGCGGCGCUGGGCUCCUGGUCUCCAGGCCAGGGCAAUGUUCCGCACCGCAGUGAUGAUGGCGGCCAGCCUGGCGCUGACUGGGGCCGUCGUGGCUCAUGCCUACUACCUCAAGCACCAGUUCUACCCCACUGUGGUGUACUUGACCAAGUCCAGCCCCAGCAUGGCAGUCCUCUACAUCCAGGCCUUUGUCCUUGUCUUUCUCUUGGGCAAAGUGAUGGGCAAGGUGUUCUUUGGACAGUUGAGGGCCGCAGAGAUGGAGCACCUUCUGGAACGUUCCUGGUAUGCUGUCACUGAGACUUGUCUGGCCUUCACCGUCUUUCGGGACGACUUCAGCCCCCGCUUUGUUGCACUCUUCACUCUCCUUCUCUUCCUCAAGUGUUUUCACUGGCUGGCUGAGGACCGUGUGGACUUUAUGGAACGCAGCCCCAAUAUCUCCUGGCUCUUUCACUGCCGCAUUGUCUCUCUUAUGUUCCUCCUGGGUAUCCUGGACUUCCUCUUCGUCAGCCAUGCCUAUCACAGCAUCCUGACCCGUGGGGCCUCUGUGCAGCUGGUGUUUGGCUUUGAGUACGCCAUCCUGAUGACUAUGGUGCUCACCAUCUUCAUCAAGUACGUCCUGCACUCUGUGGACCUGCAGAGCGAGAACCCCUGGGACAACAAGGCCGUCUACAUGCUCUACACGGAGCUGUUUACAGGCUUCAUCAAGGUUUUGCUCUACAUGGCCUUCAUGACCAUCAUGAUCAAGGUGCACACCUUCCCUCUCUUUGCCAUCCGGCCUAUGUACCUGGCCAUGAGGCAGUUCAAGAAGGCUGUGACGGAUGCCAUCAUGUCUCGCCGAGCCAUCCGCAACAUGAACACGCUGUAUCCAGAUGCCACCCCGGAGGAACUCCAGGCAAUGGACAAUGUCUGCAUCAUCUGCCGAGAAGAGAUGGUGACUGGUGCCAAGAGACUGCCCUGCAACCACAUUUUCCACACCAGCUGCCUGCGCUCCUGGUUCCAGCGGCAGCAGACCUGCCCUACCUGCCGUAUGGACGUCCUCCGGGCAUCACUGCCGACCCAGUCACCACCGCCCCCGGAACCUGCGGAUCAAGGGCCACCGCCAGCUGCUCAUCCCCCACCACUUCUGCCGCAGCCCCCCAACUUCCCCCAGGGCCUCCUGCCUCCCUUUCCUCCAGGCAUGUUCCCGCUCUGGCCCCCCAUGGGCCCCUUCCCACCUGUCCCACCUCCCCCCAGCUCAGGAGAGGCUGUGGCCCCUCCAUCCACCAGCGCAGCAGCCCUUUCUCGGCCCGGUGGAGCAGCCACCACCGCUGCUUCUGCGGCCUCUGCCUCGGCCCCCGCCCCUGGCUCCGCCCCGGCCUCUGAGGCUGGCCCCACCCCAGGCUUCCCCUUCCCGCCCCCCUGGAUGGGCAUGCCGCUGCCUCCACCUUUUGCCUUCCCCCCAAUGCCCGUGCCCCCUGCGGGCUUUGCUGGGCUGACCCCAGAGGAGCUGCGGGCUCUGGAAGGCCACGAGCGGCAGCACCUGGAGGCUCGGCUGCAGAGCUUGCGCAACAUCCACACGCUGCUGGAUGCCGCCAUGCUGCAGAUCAACCAGUACCUCACCGUGCUCGCUUCCUUGGGGCCCCCCCGGCCUGCCACCUCAGUCAGCCCCACUGAGGAGACUGCCCCUGCAGUUGUCCCUACUGCCCCCCCCACCAGCAUCCCCAGCUCUGAGGCUACCACCCCAUCCCCAGGAGUCUCCCCACCAGCCCCUGAGCCUGAAAAGCCUCCAGCUCCUGAGUCAGUAGGCACAGAGGAGCUACCGGAGGAUGGGGAGCCAGAUGCAGCAGAGCUCCGUCGCCGCCGCCUGCAAAAGUUGGAGUCCCCUAUUGCCCACUGACACUACCCCAGUCCUGCCCCUGCCUCCGCUCUCUUGAGCAGCCCUUGCUGUAACA